UCUGCUUUUUGGUGCGCCGCUUCGGGGAAAUCCGGCAGAAAUGAAUGAGGAGCGAAAAUAUCUGCUUGUACUUAGACUUGACGCUGCUGGGAGGAUUGUCACACCGUGUGAAUGAUCAGGAUGGUAAACAAUAAAAAUGAGUGGAUGCUCUAGUUGAUUUGAAACAAUAUGACAGGUUUAGAGUAGAUGAAUGUGGCAGGGAUUGCACUGUGCAGAGGACGUGUGGCCUGAACAGCAGUGUUUUUCUCACAAUAUUUGCGAGCUAAAUCUUGGCUGAAACGCACGUCGCUAAGGUUUGGACAGGCGCACGAAAAGUAUAAAAAUUCCCAGCUGUGGUUUCAUAUCAUUUUCGGCUACGUUUAGGACUGUUUUAGGAUUGGCCUGUCAUUUUGAUGUUUUCUCUACGCUUGGUAUUCGUUGUUAAUCGCCCUUCUGUGUGAGCGCAUGCGCAAUGGCAGGCCGCGAGCAGCAUCAGCAUCAGCAUCAGCAUCAGCACCAUCCGCAGGUGGAGAUGAAGGCAGAGCUGGAUGAUGCGGAGCUGGCACUGCAGGGCAUAAGUAUGCUCCUCAACAAUGGGUUCAAGGAAAGCGACGAGCUCUUCAGGAGAUACAGGACCCAAAGUCCAUUGAUGAGCUUCGGAGCCAGUUUCGUGUCCUUCCUGAAUGCCAUGAUGACGUUUGAGGAGGAAAAGAUGCAGAUGGCCUGUGAUGACCUGCGUACCACAGAGAAGCUGUGUGAGAGUGACAACGCUGGUGUCAUCGAGACCAUCCGCAAUAAAAUCAAGAAAAGUAUGGACUCUCAGACGUCAGGGUUGGCAACAGUGGAUCGGCUCCAAAGGCAGAUCAUAGUGGCCGACUGUCAGGUCUACCUCGCUGUGCUCUCCUUCAUCAAGCAGGAACUCUCAGCAUACAUUAAAGGAGGCUGGAUCCUCCGCAAGGCUUGGAAGAUGUACAACAAAUGCUACAGUGACAUUAGCCAGCUUCAGGAGACAUGUCGCAGACGUUCCUCUGAUCAGACAAAUCACAAUACGUCGGUUGCCGAGAGCAGUGGGGGGCUGACGGAGGAGGCACUGGGGCGUCUGAAGGGCUCAGUUAGUUUUGGCUACGGCCUUUUCCAUCUCUGCAUCUCUAUGGUUCCUCCCCACUUACUGAAGAUUGUCAAUCUGCUGGGAUUCCCAGGAGAUCGACACCAGGGCCUGGCGUCACUCAUCUACGCCAGUGAGAGCAGAGACAUGAAAGCACCACUGGCCACGCUGGCUCUCUUGUGGUACCACACAGUGGUGCAGCCCUUCUUCGCUCUGGAUGGCUCUGAUUCCCGGGCUGGGCUGCUUGAAGCCAAAACCAUCCUGCAGAAGAAAGCAGUAAUUUACCCCAACUCCUCUCUCUUCAUCUUCUUCAGAGGACGAGUACAGAGGUUAGAGUGCCAGAUAAACAGUGCAUUGGCAUCUUUCCAUGAUGCCCUGGAGUUUGCUUCAGACCAAAGAGAGAUCCAACAUGUGUGUCUCUAUGAGAUCGGGUGGUGCAGUAUGAUUGAGAUGAACUUUGAAGAUGCUUAUCAGGCUUUUGAAAGACUAAAAAAUGAGUCCCGGUGGUCACAAUGCUACUACGCUUACCUAACUGGAGUAUGCCAGGGUGCGUCGGAUGAUUUGGAGGGGGCAAACACUGUUUUCCGAGAUGUGCCUAAGCUCUUCAAACGCAAGAACAAUCAGAUUGAGCAGUUUGCAUUCAGGAGGGCAGAGCGAUUGAGGAAGCUGGGUGCGACACAGGAGCUGUGUAUUCUCGGAGUUGUAGAGGUGCUCUACCUGUGGAAGGCUCUUGCAAAUUGCUCAUCCUCCAAACUGCAGCUCAUGAGCCAAGUGCUGCAGGGUCUGGAUGAUCCAUCCUGCCAGGGUUUAAAACACCUGCUUCUCGGUGCUAUACAGAAGUGUCUCGGAAACAUUAAAGAUGCUGUCCAGUCAUACCAGAUGGCAGCCAGGGAUGAGCUGGGCCGACUGAACAACUCUUACGUGCAGCCGUACGCCUACUACGAGCUUGGAUGUGUAUUAUUGGCUAAACCUGAGACUUUGAGUAAAGGAAGGUCAUUGCUGCUUCAGGCAAAGGAGAACUGUGCAGGAUAUGACUUUGAGAACAGACUGCACGUGCGAAUCCACACAGCCCUCGCCUCUGUGAAGGAAGUGGUUCCUCUGUGACCCCAACCGAUCCAGGAAGUGCAUUAUACAGGGACCAGUCCUGUUUGGCACCUUUUAAAAUGCGAGCCAUUAUAAUGAUUUUUUUUCCCUUUCUUUUUUUUAGUGAAAACCAAAAUGAUGACAAAUUAUUUUCUAGGUGGCUAGGUUGAUCACCAGUAGUGUUUCUUGUUUUCAUGUAGUAGAUUAUGCUUAAAGUAGAGUAUAUUGCCACAGUUUAGAGUUCACUUAAAGGUAGCUGACCCAUUACACUGAUGAAUGUUUCUGUUUCUGAAUGUUUUGUCUUUUCUGGCUUUCAGUAUGUGUUGGGUUUUCAGAACAUCUUGGAAAGGUGUCAGAAAAUUUUCUGAAUUUGGGUGGCUUUAUCAUUUUAAAAUUUAUGAUAAUUUAAGAAUGAGUGUCAUGAGAAUGAUAGUAGAUUAACACUACCUACCUAACACUACCUAACACUAUUACUAUAUUUACACACACAUUAAUGUCAGAGGAUGGCAGUAUUCUGACUAAGGCCUCUAUCACAUUGCAAAUGUUUCUCUAAUAAGCAUAUACCCACUGAAUGAAAUAGAACUGAAUGAAUUUACCCAUUAACUUUGCAUUUUUUACAUUAU